AAUUUCGAAGUCAUAUUCGUAACUUCACUCAAGCUCUAAUUUCUUCUUCUAAAAAAAAUCAUCAUCUUCGUUUUCAUCUGAAUCUCAAUUCCUUUGAUUCCCUCUAAUGGAAACCCUCUCCGCUUUCCCUUCCCCUCCAUGGCCCAAUCCCAAUCCCAAUCCCAAUCCUAACCCUCCCUCCGCCGUCGCCGACUCCUCCUCCUCCGAACGCUUCGAUUCCGAUUCCGUUUCAUCGGUGGACCCGACGGGUUUGUCCCCGGCGGUUGAACCUCCUGCUUCGCAGCCUUCUCUGCUACAUCUCUCCUUCAAUCAAGAUCAUGGCUGCUUUGCCGCCGGGACUGACCGUGGGUUUCGGAUCUACAAUUGCGAUCCCUUCAGAGAGAUUUUCCGGAGGGAUUUUGACCGUGGAGGUGGUGUUGGUGUUGUUGAGAUGCUUUUUCGAUGUAAUAUUUUGGCUCUUGUUGGUGGUGGACCCGACCCUCAGUAUCCGCCUAAUAAGGUUAUGAUUUGGGAUGAUCAUCAGAGCCGGUGUAUUGGGGAGCUUUCGUUUAGGUCUGCUGUUCGUGGUGUUCGUUUACAGAGAGACAGGAUUAUUGUUAUUUUGGAACAGAAGGUUUUUGUUUACAAUUUUGCGGAUUUGAAGUUGCUGCAUCAGAUUGAAACUAUUGCCAACCCUAAGGGUCUUUGUGCUGUUUCCCAGUUGAGUACUUCGCUUGUUCUUGUUUGCCCUGGAUUACAGAAGGGGCAGGUUAGGGUUGAGCAUUAUGCCUCUCGACGGACUAAGUUUAUUAUGGCUCAUGACUCGAGGAUUGCUUGCUUUGCACUUACGACCAAUGGGCAGUUGCUUGCUACAGCUAGUACCAAGGGAACUUUGGUUCGGAUAUUCAACACAUUUGAUGGAAAUUUACUUCAAGAGGUAAGGAGAGGGGCAGAUAGAGCAGAGAUAUACAGUUUGGCUUUCUCAUCGACUGCUCAAUGGCUGGCAGUCUCCAGUGACAAGGGCACCGUUCAUGUGUUCAGCCUUAAAGUCAAUUCUGGAUCUCUUGGGAAUGAUAUGACUCAUCAGAACGAUUCUUCUCUUUCUGUGGCACCAUCCGGUUCCUCAUUUUCCUUCAUCAAAGGUGUCUUGCCAAAAUAUUUCAAGUCGGAGUGGUCAGUCGCUCAGUUUCGCUUGCAUGAAGGCUCUCAGUAUGUCGUUGCUUUUGGUCACCAGAAGAAUACGGUUGUAAUCCUUGGAAUGGAUGGAAGCUUCUACCGAUGCCAAUUUGAUUCGGUGAAUGGAGGAGAGAUGACCCAGCUUGAAUAUCACAACUUUCUAAUGCCGGAGGAAGCCUUCUAGCCCAAUGUUCUCUUUAUUUCGGUGAUUUCGUAUGUAUUUUCUUUUCCUGCAACCUCCUAAGCCUGCUGUAAAUACAUCUAUGUACAUGUAUAGAUUGGCCUAUGUCCGUCUUUAAGGAAAAGAGAAAAAAGAAAAAAAGAACCCUACUAUUGCCACUCAUGUUCAUAUUUUAAUUUUUCUUGUCAUAUUUGCUGUACUUAAAACAAGGAGGAAGCAGAAAAAAAAUUGGAAAUGAAGAGAAGAAAAUAUGACUCAUGAGAUUACUUU